AUGUGUGUAUGUGUACAUAUAUAUAUAUAUAUAUAUAUGUGUGUGUGUUUGUAUGUGUGCGUGUGCACAAGUGUACAAAAUAUAAAGUUGAAGCUUAAUUGUAUUCAUUGAGUGUGCGGGUGUUUGCUAAUUUAUCCUAUUAUAAAUAUAUAUAUAUAUAUAUAUAUAUAUAUAUAAGUAUAUAUAUAUAAACGCGCGCAUACAUCCAAACUCGCAAAUCAACACACACACAUACGUGCAUAUUUGUGAAAGAAAUAAAGUGAGCAAACAGGCGAGCAAGCAAGCAAGGAAGGAAACAAACUUAAAAAUCCCCCAUUGUCUGCUUUGCUGCUGGUGCUAUUGUAUUAUGGCUGAGCAGAGUACCAUAAAUUAUAUGCUUAUCCUUUUGAUGCAAAAGUUUUAAUGCGAUACGUGUUUAAAUAUCUUGUGCAACAUUAAUGAUUAUUGCCAUAAAAAUUGAAACGAAAAAGUAAAAGUAGAAAAGAAAAGUGUUCGGUUCGGUUAGGUGUAAGUGCGGUAAAUUUCUUUUCUAAUUUUUUGUUUUUUUUUGCAAUAAUAAUUAUAAUAAUCGUAUCUCUAACAACGUUUUUUCAUAUCGUUUGCACAAGUUUGUGACAAGAUAAAGAUAUAUAUAUAGAAAGUUAGUGUUGUUGUUGUGUGUGCGUGUGCGUGUGUGCAUGUGUGCGUAUACGUGAGUGCUUUAAUAACUAAUUUAUCAACAAAAUAAUCAAAGAUCAUUGAAUGGUUUCAUCGAACGGAUAAUGUUUGUUAAACAAAGAUGACGCCGCUGCAAUGAGGAAGAUCCGUUAGCGGCAUUGACUAUGGGACCAGAGGCAUGGGCGUGUGUGCGGACCCUGGGUCUUACCGGUGGUGUCAGGCAUUAAGCCGGUCGCGAUCAUCGUUCGCCACAAACACAGCAACAUCUAAAUUAACAUCAAUAAAAACAACAACAACAACAACAACAACAACAACAACAGCAACAAUACCAAGAGAACAAAAUAUUGCAAACACUGUAAAAACGAUAACAAAUGUUAGCGAUUAUCAAAUACGACGUCUGCAUAUAAUACCAAAUAAACCAAAAGCGAUAAGCGCAACACGAAGAGGCAUUAAAUCAAUAGCGACCCCAAGAACGUUCACAACAUCCACGAUACUGGAGACGUUAAAGUUUUGUGUACCAAACACAGUAGAAGUACCCGAAACACCAACAACAACAAUAAAAUCUCAACUUAAUUGCUUAGCAACGAAUACGAAAUUAUUGCGAGUGCCCAGUAAAAGAACAACGACGACAAACGACAAAAUAUUUGUGCUAAGACAACAAGAAACGCAGCAGCAUCAACAACAAAAUAUAUGCCAUUGGCUGCAAUUGCCAUCUUUCCAAAUUUUAUUGUGGAUCCUUUUUACCUUGUUACUAUUAACAAAGACUACAAAAGCCAACAAUAACAAUAUACCGGAAGAUGCAGUCCACAUCACAGCCAUACUUGGAGAGGGUGUCAUAUUCAAUUGUCACGUUGAAUUUCCCAACGAUCAUCCGGUGCCGUAUGUCCUACAGUGGGACAAGAAGGUGAGCGAAACGGGUUCCGAUUUACCGAUAUACAUUUGGUAUGAAAGCUAUCCUGAGCACAUCGAAGAAGGUUAUAAAGGACGUGUGUCGCGUGUGUCACCCGAUUCGCCAUUCGGUUCGGCAUCACUCAAUUUGACCAACAUCAAAGAGUCGGAUCAGGGUUGGUACGAAUGUAAAGUGGUUUUCUUAAAUCGUGAUCCCAAACAGCAUAAGAACGGUACAUGGUUCCAUUUAGACGUACAUGCACCGCCACGUUUUAGUGUUACACCCGAAGAUAUUAUAUACGUUAAUUUAGGUGAUUCAAUUAUAUUAAAUUGCCAAGCAGAUGGCACACCCACACCCGAAAUUCUAUGGUACAAAGAUGCUAAUCCCGUUGAUCCAUCGCCUACUGUUGGCAUCUUUAAUGAUGGCACCGAGUUACGGAUCUCCACUAUUAGGCAUGAGGACAUCGGAGAAUACACUUGCAUUGCACGCAACGGUGAGGGACAAGUCUCCCAUACGGCCCGUGUUAUAAUAGCGGGUGGCGCUGUAAUCAUGCCGGCUAGCGGAAAUUCCCAAACUAUUAAAACCUCCAGCAAAACUAAUAAAAUCUAUCAAAUAACAGUGCCGCCCACAAAUCAAACUAAAUUAGAAGGCGAAAAGGUGAUAUUUUCAUGUGAAGCUAAAGCGAUGCCUGGUAAUGUCACUGUCAGAUGGUUUCGUGAAGGCUCACCGGUACGUGAGGUAGCCUCGUUGGAGACGCGCAUUACGAUACGCAAGGAUGGUUCCCUAAUUAUAAAUCCGAUUAGUGCCGAUGAUUCUGGUCAGUAUUUAUGCGAAGUAACAAAUGGCAUCGGCGAUCCACAAAGUGCAUCGGCUUAUUUAAAUGUAGAGUAUGCUGCCAAAGUGACCUUCACGCCAACUGUGCAAUAUCUACCGUUUCGUUUGGCUGGCGUUGUUCAGUGUUAUAUAAAAUCAAAUCCACAAUUGCAAUAUGUCACAUGGACCAAGGACAAACGUUUACUAGAGCCCUAUCAAAUGAAGGAUAUCGUUGUAAUGGCGAACGGCUCAUUACUCUUUACCCGGGUUAAUGAAGAUCAUCAGGGUCGUUAUACCUGUACACCGUACAAUGCUCUUGGUACUCAGGGAUCAUCUGGACCCAUGGAAGUUUUAGUGCGUAAACCUCCUACAUUCACUAUCGAACCAGAAUCGCUGUAUCAGCGCAAAGUGGGUGACAGUGUGGAAAUGCACUGUGACGCGGUCGAGGCAGAAGGUACACAAAAACCUAUCAUUAAAUGGCAGCGACAAGAUGGCGGCCAAUUAUCGGAUACACAACGUAGUCGCGUUAAAAUCUCAGGCGGUAAUAUAACCAUCGAAAAUUUACGACGCGAAGAUUUUGGUUAUUAUCAAUGUGUUGUCUCCAAUGAAGUGGCCACCUUAAUGUCACAAGCUCAAUUAGUUAUUGAGGGUACACAGCCGCAUGCCCCGUACAAUAUUACUGGCAAGGCCACUGAAUCAUCGAUUACUUUACAAUGGAUGCCAGGCUAUAGUGGUGGCUCCGAUUAUAAACAAGAUUAUACUAUAUGGUAUCGUGAGGCCGGUGUUAACGAUUGGCAAACGAUAUCUGUAACACCAUCGGGUAGCACACAAGUAACGAUUAAUGGCUUAGCAUCGGGCACUACCUAUGAAUUUCAGGUAGUGGGUCGCAAUGUGCUGGGAGACGGCAUGAUGAGUAAAAUCAUGACUGUACGGACAUUAGAAGAUGCCCCGGCAGCGCCACGUAAUGUCAAGGCUGCAACACAACCACCAGAUCAUGUAUUUCAACUAAUGCCAGACGAAGCUGACCUUUUAGCCUAUUUUGACAUUUAUUUUCAUACCGAUUCGAAUGGAUCGAUUGUUUACUCACCGCCCAAAUUAAAACUAAAAGGCCCGAAACCAGGUCCACCACGUAAUUUAACCGUAACUGAAGUGUCGAAUGGUUUUCUUAUCUCAUGGCAAGCGCCGUUGGAACGAGCUCAUAUCGUAAAAUUUUACACUAUUAAAUAUCGCACCGACGCACAGUGGAAGACACUGAAUCGCGGUCAAAUACGACCGGAAGAAACACAAUAUUUAGUUAAGAAUUUAGUUGGUGGUCGUACGUAUUAUUUUCGCGUUUUAGCCAAUUCGGAAAAAUCCUAUGAAUCCAGCGAUGAAGUUAAAUUUCCGGUACCGGCACGUGUCAAACAUAAAGCGAUAACAGCCGGUGUCGUUGGGGGCAUCCUGUUUUUUAUAGUUGCGAUCAUUUUAUCGGUUUGUGCCGUAAAAAUUUGCAAUAAACGUAAACGACGAAAACAGGAAAAAGAGUUCAACAUGGUAGCUUGCCGGAUAACGGAUGCCCGUAAUAUUGCAGCAAAUAAUCAUCACCAUCACCGUCAGCAACAGCAUCAGCAACAUCAUCACCAGCAUCAGUCACAACAACAACAACAACAACAGUUACCAUUAGAACAUCAACUUCAGCAACAUCAUCAGCAACAACAACCACAAAUGCACAAUCGCAAUACGGGCUCGAUUUCCGCUUGUCAAGUGCCUUUAAAAAAAUAUAAAGAAACCCGAGUAUCAAGUCUAACUACCAUACUAAUCGCUAUACUGCAUUGGAUAUGGCCGCCUGAUCGGUGUAACAAUUGUCAUUCGAUUUAUAGUUCACCUCAUGUAGCGGCCGGAGAAGAUGUGGGAGGAUACCAAGUAACAUCAGGUAAGAAUAGAACAUCAGUACAAGAAAUAACUCAUUCGCGGGAUAGUCAAUUGCUUUUAAACGGCAAAUCGUUGUCCGUCAUUGAUAAUAUGAGAGGAAUCGAUAACGGUAUUGAUGAAGUUGACGACGCAAAGCGUAAUAGUACUGCUUCAUCGUCAAGCGAUGAUGGUGGUUUUCUUUCACGUCGCAAUUUUAUAACUGCUCGUGCUUCUUGGCGGCGCCCUUUGGUUGCUUCCCCCAGUCAAUUAAGUUUGCAAUCGGCGGCAGCUGGUUCAGCCAGAGGCUUACUGCACGGUCUCGGAGGUUUAUUGAAGAUUGGCGCUAAUUCUAAUACCGUUAAUAAUGAUAAUGAAAAUACGACAACCGGGGGAGCCCGCUAUCAAAAUGUUUAUCAAACGGAGUUUAGAGAUACGCAACAAACUCAACCAGCCAAUCGACCGUUACAUAUAAACACAAUCAGUGGCUCUUUGAGUCAUCAUAUGCAUCACGUGUUCUCCCCAUCAAAAGUAUCUAGAAUUUUCUCAAGUUCACCGGCUAGUACACCGAACGGUUUGUUAAACGAAAGAGAUCAGGGAUUAUUAAUGUCACCUUGGGCUUUAACUACACCCCCUAGCAAUAAUGGUACAUCUGGAGGCAAUUUUUUCUAUAAUCAAUUCAAUGACUUGAGUUCAGUGCAUGCGGGCUCAGCUGAAAGAUCAAUGCCAACACUAACGCCCACAGCCAGUGGCAAUUUAAGUCGUUAUCGUUAUUAUUCGUAUGAAUUGCCGGCUUUACGUACCAUCGAAGAGGAAACGAGACGAAUGAAUUUGGAACAACAGCAUCAGCAGCAGCAACUUAACGAAUUUGUUCCCUUACAAAUUCCUUCCCCGCCUUCAUGGCGUAGUUUUUACCAGCACAACCAGGCUCCUUAUUACCAUAGUUAUAGGCCGCGGACUCGCUGGUAUCCACGCCAUUAUUCCAGACUGCUCGGACGGCCUCAGGCAGAAUUAAUGUCGCCAUUACCACAUCUGAAUCUUACACUAAGAGCACCAAGUCAAUCGGGUAUUCUUGGUUUAGAUGCCUCACCUGAGUCUCGUUCCAGUUCAAGUGGUUUUGGUUCGAAAAAUACAUCAAAUCAACCGCAGGGAUCUCAUCAUUCGGGCAGCACAAGUGAAUGGCGUUUGCUGCCACCUUACAGGCCGCCGCCCCCACCACCAGCCUCGAAUAAAACAUAUUUCGGCUCGCAACCAUCAGCAUUGGGCGGAGGAGUCGAACGAGCGACGCAACCCCAGCAGGCUCAAGCACAAGUACCGGUUAUACAUAACCAGCAGCAAUAUCAUCAGCACUAUUCACCAUCAAAUUAUUUUAGUUCAAGUACGCAAAGAACUAUAACACCACCCUACACUAUGGAACACUGGUUAGAUAUGAUAACGCGAUUAAAUAACGCCACCGAUAAUAUUCAGUUGCCCAAAUCGAUAGAUGUGGGAAGUGUCGACGGCCAUUAUGAGUUUGAUCCAUCGACACCAACUCCUAGUAUAUCGACGCCGACCGGUGGCCUGCUAAGAGAAGAUCUCAAUUUACACAUAGAUACCAAUGGUCAUUUAAAUCAUCAUCAUUCGCAUCUUCAAGCUUUGCACAAUAAUCACGACCAUCAUCAGUCUCAGCAUUAUCAUCACAAUCAUCAUCAUCAUCAUCAUCAUCAUACCUUAGGUCCUAUAAGCAAUAAUACAACAUCAUCGUUUCAUGGAUCUCAUCCAAUGAAUAUGACCUUCUCCAGUUCAGCCACUCUUAACAACGCUUCAAUGCGAAAAACGCGUUUAUCGACUCGUUAUGAUAAUGUGGAAACACGCUUACAGGCUAUGAAAGAAGAAUUUUACGAGUAUCGCAAGCGUCAGGCUAUGCAACGGGCAGCUGCGUCUGAACUUGAAACUAUUUGCUGACAAAGGCUUUACGGCUUAAGACGGCCCCAAAUGCGUUCAUUUAACAUCAACAAUAACAACAGUAAUAAAAACGGUCAGAGACGUUGGUGGGAAGGGACUAUGUAAGAAAAGUUUUUCAUACGCAAUCUGGAAUAGUUUCGAUGUUAUUUGUGUGGAAUUCCAAUAGCGAGCCAAAGUUAAAAAAAGAAGUAAAAACAAUCAUGUUUUUAGAGGCGACAAAGCUUGUAAAUUGUCUUGAGAACAGAUACAGAUUUCCUGGUUAUUGUUGAAUUGAGUGUAAAAUGUCAUAGCGAUAAGCCUCGCUCAGAUAUAGGAGUGUAGACUUUCCUCGUGCUGUUACGGUUUACAUUACAUAAGCAGUUCUCGCCUCAUCGCAUAAUCAAAUUAUAAGACUCUCGUCAAAGCGAAAUUGGCGAAUCGUGAAACGAAAGUCACAUCACUCGCCUCGUUCCUUUUCUGAAUAUCGCUAUAGCGAAUACCUCAGCAAUUUGAUUACUUUCGAGUUACUAACGAGUACAUUUUAAGUUUUGCAUUUUUUUUCUUACAUCAUCUUUUUCAUAUAACUUUCUUAUAAGCAUUUAUCAUUAAAACCAAACGAUAUCGGUCAUAGAUUCAUUGUUAUCAUGAAACUAAAAAUAUUUUUAAACAAAAUGCGAACGUUUUUUAAGAGCACUGAUUUCAACUUAAAGAAAAAAAAGAAACCAAGUUUUAAAUAUCUCAAAAAUUAUACACUCAGAAUAAUAUUAUAGUAAAAACAAAAAAAAGAGAAAUUAAGAAAUUAAGAACAGCAAAAUAAAGCGAAAACCGAAAGAUGACUCCAAUUAAACGAAAAGUCUUACACACGAAUAAUUUCUUAGCGAGAACCAGAAAAUUAAAGACAACCAAAAAAAAAA